CCAAAGGUUUCCCCAGUCUCUACCCUCUGCUCUCACUCUCCCUUUCCCCUUUAGUUUCUCAACCAUAGUAGCCAGCACGAUGAACACUCCCAAGCUUAAGACUUGCCACAGAUUCUGGAAUGCAUCGAGGAUCAGAAGCGAAUGCUUCGCAAUGCCCAAUCCCAUGCUGGGCAACGACCUGCCCGAAAAAGUGAACGGAUAGAAACGACUCUCAAAUUCAACAUCGCUCGCGCGGCACGACAGCAAAGCCAGCAGUGCAGUCCUGGCUCCUUGCAGACCUCCACGUCGUUCAUUCCAGCACCCUACCCACCCUGUACCUGGCCAUUUUGCGAGCUGGAAAAAGUCCUGUUCAGCGACCUCGUGCUCGAAACCCAUCACAAAGGCACAUAUCUCCUAGUUCGAGUACUCACCCCUCAGGAUCGAAUGACUGCCGUCAUGGCCAUUGUGGAAGACGAAAAGAGCGAGGGUUUUUUGCUCCAGCUCUAUCAUCAGGUUGAGAUGACGGAAGACAUUCUUGUCCCUGGCGGAAUAUUGAUCAUCAAAGACCCAUACCGAAAGCUCACCGCUGAUGGUCGGCACGGAUUGCGCGUCGACCACGUCUCCGAUGUUGUUUUCCUACUGGCGCAUGACAAACGCGUUCACUCCUGUUGGCACUCGGAGCUCACGGACCCCCAGCUCAAGAGCGCCGACUUUUGGAAAACAAAGGGGAAAGAAUUUUUUGGUCAAUCAAGAUAUCAGGCCGCAGUUGAACAUUACACCAGAGCUCUGGUUUCCUCCCCCAGAGCCGAUGAGUGCCACAUCAUCAAGCUCAACCGAUCCCUGGCAUUGCCCAGAACCAACAGCUUUGAUGCAGCUCUUGUGUAUGUCAACUCUGUGUUGGAGGUUGCCAACGGCAAGACCAAGGAGAAAGCUCUCUUUCGCAAAGCCUAG